GAAGCGAUGUGUUCCGUCGAAAGAUUGGAACUGUCGAGCACGGUUGUCAACGUAGGUAUCUCUGUUUAUCCGGCGAAAUCUGGAACUUCUCUAUCUCGCCUCAAUAUCAGUUCCAAUUGCACUAGGUAUCCGAUAUUUUGUCUCCGGCCCGAUUCCUAAAGAUUAUUCUUAUUAGCAAGCAUGUCUGUUUUGCCUUCUUUGCAGGUUCUACGUUGGGAAGCCGAGCUCUGCUCACAUCUGCCUGUCUUUCCAAAUCUGAAGCUGUCGAAAAGCAUGAUGUCUAAACCGUGCUUCUCUCAUUUUGAUAAUCUGGGUAUCGAACUAUAUCCCAGUGAUGAUCAAGAUGGUGCGAUAUUGGAUCCGGCAUCCAGUUGUUUCGGCUCGCACCUUAGGCAGAUUGAAUUAUAUAAUGCAUUCCUGUGUGAGAAGGAGGCUCGCGUGCUGCAAUUGUUGCUGAAGCAUACGAUGGUCCUGGAAAAAUUCAUGAUAUGGCCCAGAUGGCAUCGUCGAGAGCAGGGAAUUGUGGCGAUGUCCCGCAAAAAGUUACUAUAGAUCCCCUGAGGAUCGAAAAGCUUAGAGAUCACCUUUUUCUGACCCUUCAAGAGUUUAAGAUUCACCAAAAGUCACUGGCAUAAUUUGUAAGUUGCUGUCUUGAAAGUGCACAUGUUCUUGUUGUUCCAGGAAGCUGGAUUUCCUUUUUGGGUCAUCAUAUCGACUCUAUAAGCAGAACUAUGCAGACGGCUUCGGAUUCAAUGUCCC